AUGUCCGGUGACCACCGGGCAUUCAGUUUUAAUCGAGGCGAUGAUAAUGCGGUAGGAGCCGAGCAUCGAGGAGACAUUUCGCCAGUCCUUUCGCCGGACGACGGUCAGCAGCAUGUGCGCAACUCCGCGCAGUACGGUGACAUCUCGCCUGUGUCAGCUCCGGGUCAAACCUUCGGCCACGACCAUGACCGAGGUCUUGCGUCAGUGCCGGAAAACGGCCAGAACCUCGGCCAUACGAACUCGCUGCGGACGCAUUCGACGGCGACCCCGGGGAUGGACAAUCUAGGCCCUGCUGCUGUGGGCGGCGGCAUAAGCGGUAUCGCCCUUGGCGUCGCCAAUACCCAUGAUCGUCAGAGUGGAGUUGACGCUUUCAGGGACACAGACGGACCGGUGCACAAUAUCCCCGCCGAACGAGGCUACCACACGACCGGUUCGGAUAACCCUUACAUCCCCGCCCCGCCUGAAGGCGUCCACGCAAGUUCGGACAAUCUACGGCCUCAAUCCUACGGCUCCAAUGUCGCCCUAGGCGCCGCUGCCGCUUCCGCCGGCCAGCUGACCCCCGGUGCCUCGAACCCGUCCCAACGCAGCCUGUUCGACAGCCCUUAUCAAGGCGUCGGUCCGCUCAAUGAGGGUCCGUACCAGCGACAGUCUACCUACAGCACCAACAACUACCCUCUCGUGAUCAACCCGGAUGAUAUCUUGGAUGAUGGUGACGAUGGCUUUGUGCCUCCUAACAGUAAAUCUGCCGGCGGAACGUCCAGGGCGGUGCCUGCGGCAGCAGGUGGAGCGGCCGCGGGAGGAUUCCUGGGAGGGUUAUUCAAAAGCAAGAAAGCCGACGGUCCGUCCUAUGACCCCGUUCCGGGAACAGGGCUGGAGGCCGGGGACAAGUCAAGGCUUAAACCUGACGGGGGCAGUCGGAAACGUGGGUGGAUAGUCGGGCUCGUACUGGCGUUCAUCGUUGUCGGAGCCAUUGUGGGAGGCGCUGUUGGUGGAACGAUAGGCCACCGGGAGAACAAAAAAGAAGACCCAACAGAAUCCACGAAGUCGGCGUCGGGCGAUUCGAAAAAGAACGGCGACCUCGACAAGGACUCGGACGAGAUCAAGGCCUUGCUAGGCAAUAAAGAUCUCCACAAAGUGUUCCCCGGUGUUGACUAUACCCCAUGGGGUGUCCAGUUUCCGCUCUGUCUCAAGUACCCUCCGUCGCAGAACAACGUCACUCGCGACAUGGCUGUUAUCUCGCAACUGACCAACACCGUUCGGCUGUAUGGCACCGAUUGCAACCAGACGGAAAUGGUCUUGCAUGCCAUCGAUCGACUGGAGCUCAAGAACAUGAAACUCUGGCUAGGCGUAUGGAUCGACACCAACGACACCACCGCCGACCGACAGAUCAACCACCUGUACAAUAUUCUUGACAACGCGAAGGAUACGUCGAUCUUCAAGGGCGCCAUUGUCGGCAACGAAGCUCUGUUCCGGGCAGGCAAGGACAAGACGAGCGCGAAAAAGAAGUUGACCGGCUACAUGGAUGAUGUGAGAAAUCACUUCAAAAAACAUAACAUUGACCUGCCGAUCGCGACCUCAGACUUGGGUGACAACUGGGACUCGGACCUUGUGAAGUACACGGACGUUGUGAUGUCCAACGUCCACCCGUUCUUCGCUGGUGUCGAUGUCGAUGACGCGGCUAGCUGGACCUGGAGUUUCUGGCAGAACAACGACGUGGUACUCACCAAGGACGACAAGGAUAAGAAACAAGUCAUUUCCGAGGUGGGAUGGCCCAGCGGUGGAGGAAACGACUGUGGCCAAGGGCACGACAAUUGCAAGAGCGACACAGACGGAUCUGUUGCGGGUAUAGACGAGAUGAACAAGUUCAUGUCUGAAUGGGUCUGCCAGGCUAUGUCCAAUGGCACGGAAUACUUCUGGUUUGAGGCGUUCGAUGAACCAUGGAAAGAGCAGUACAACACCAAGGACGAGAAAUGGGAAGACAAAUGGGGUCUCAUGGAUGCUGCUCGGAAUCUCAAGCCCGGCAUCAAGAUUCCCGACUGCGACGGCAAGGAGGUUGAUUAA